AUGAAGGACAAGUACACCUGUGUGUUCACCUACGCUUCUCAAGGAGGGACCAACGAGAAGUGGCAGAUGAGCCUGGGGAUGAGUGAAGACCAUCAGCAUUUCACCUGCACCAUCUGGAGACCGCAGGGGAAAUCCUACCUCUACUUCACCCAGUUCCAGGCCGAGGUGCAGGGCGCUGAGAUCGAGUAUGGCAUGGCCUACUCGAAAGCUGCGUUCGAAAAAGAAAGCGACGUCCCCCUGAGAAGUGAGGAGUUUGAAGUGACCAAGACAGCAGUGGCCCACAGGCCCGGAGCCUUCAAGGCCGAGCUGUCCAAGCUGGUGAUUGUGGCCAAGGCGUCCCGCAGUGAGCUGUGACCAGCAGGCCUGCCGGGCCUCCCCUCAUCUCUGAGCAAGAACAGGACCCGAGGACUGAUGUGUUCCCGGUUUUCUGGGGACGGCCUCAGCUGGCAGCCCUGAUCGGAGGAGUUCAUGCCGCACUGAGGCCCAGGGGACGGGUUCAAAGCUCCUUCCCCUGUCUCCGGACCGACCCUUCCCACCUUCUGCUCCUCUCGUUCUCCAAAUGCAGGACCUCACACAAGACCCGACAGACCUUACGGCAGGCAGGCAUACGGCCCCUCCAGAGAGGUGGUCAGGACACGGGCUGCCGUGUGGUGGCUCCACCGGGACAGUCUCCUCAUCCCUCACCCUGGCCUCUCGACUCCCAGACCACUGCGGGGCCUACAGCCCUCGUUCGCAAUCGAGGUUUUUCUUACAAACCUUCCCCCACCCCCCAACUCGGACUUUCAGAUUGUGGUAUUUAAAUAAAUAAGACUACAGAGGAACUCCA